AUGGCUCUUCCUGGUUCCUUGCAGUUGUCCCACGGACUGGGACUUUGCAGGAACCUGGGCUGCAAUAAACAUUCGAAGGCAACGGGACAUGGCAAGUUACAUUUACUUAGUGCGGGUCCUUCAUAUCCUAUUUCGUUCAUGAGACAGGAGUGCAGGGAUUUUCAACAUCUUCGACAUAUAAACAAGCCAACACAUAGAUUAUCAUGCAAAUCCCGAUCCUUUAAGUGUAAUUGUUUUAUGGUGUCAGGCCAACCGAAUGAUCUUCCUGCUGUUAAGUUGGCUGCUACAGUGUUGGCUAGGUCUAGUAAUGUGUUACAAAAUAGUCCUAUCAUAGUAAAGUUGAUUCCUGCAAUUGGCGUUAUCAUUUUUGCAAUAUGGGGUGUUGGACCAUUAUUGUUUCAGACAAGGAAAAUACUUUUUCAGAGGAGUGAUAAUAGUUGGAAGAAAAGUACCACUCACUAUAUAGUGACUUCUUACCUUCGGCCAUUACUGUUAUGGACUGGAGCAAUACUUAUUUGCAGGGCAUUGGAGCCAUUAAUUCUACCUUCAGAACCUGGCCAGGUUGUUAAGGAACGGCUUCUGAAUUUUGUAAGAUCAUUGUCAACGGUACUGGCCUUCGCCUAUUGUUUGUCAAGUGUAAUUCAACAAUUACAGAAAUUCUUAGCAGAGGGUACUGAUGCAAGUGAGACGAGAAAUAUGGGAUUCCAAUUUGCUGGCAAAGCUGUUUACUCAGCGGUAUGGAUUGCUGCAUUUUCAUUGUUCAUGGAAUUGUUAGGCUUCUCUACCCAGAAAUGGGUUACUGCAGGAGGUCUUGGGACAGUUUUGUUGACCCUUGCUGGUCGUGAGAUAUUUACAAACUUCCUUUCAAGUGUGAUGAUUCAUGCAACUCGGCCUUUUGUGGUUAAUGAAUGGAUUCAAACAAAGAUUGAAGGAUAUGAGGUUUCUGGUACUGUGGAGCAUGUUGGCUGGUGGUCACCAACAAUUAUUAGAGGUGAAGAUCGUGAAGCUGUUCACAUUCCAAACCACAAAUUUACAGUGAAUGUUGUGCGGAACCUUAGUCAAAAAACACAUUGGCGAAUCAAAACCCAUCUAGCCAUUAGUCAUUUGGAUGUAAAUAAGAUUAAUAACAUUGUUGCUGACAUGCGGAAAGUAUUAGCAAAAAAUCCUCAAGUUGAGCAGCAGAGGUUGCACAGGAGAGUGUUUUUGGACAACAUAAAUCCUGAAAAUCAGGCGCUUUUGAUUCUGGUGUCUUGUUUUGUUAAGACGUCACAUUUUGAAGAAUAUCUGUGCGUUAAGGAAGCAAUACUGUUGGAUCUUCUUAGAGUUAUAGGUCAUCACCGGGCCAGGCUUGCAACACCGGUCCGUACCCUGCAGAAAAUAUACAGUGAUGCUGACUUGGAGAAUAUACCGUUUGCAGAUUCGACAUUUGGUCGUGGUGCUGGCACUGUACCUAACCGUCCAUUAUUAGUGAUUGAACCAUCUUACAAAAUCAAUGGAGAUGAUAAGAUGAAAAGUCGAUCAGCACGACCAGCUCUUGAUCAAGAUAAUAAGACAUCUAACUCUGAUGCCAAUGGAAACUCUAAGACAGUUGUGACAUCUAACUCUGACACAAAUGGAAAGACAGUUGUGACACCCAAAUCUGAUCCUGAACUGGGUGAAAACAAGCCACUGAAAUCAGAUUCAAACAAGGAAAACGUGGAGGUUGCAGAACCUUCUUCUAAAUCUAAAGUAUACGGUUUGGUAGUAGAAAAUUUAGCCCAGAAGGACAUAGAUGCCAAACAGUCCAAGGGUCAGACUACUAAAAACAUAAAGCCAAAUAUUGAGUCUGAAAAUGUACUGUCCUCCUCAUCUAACAAUGCUGACAAAACUGGUGGACUUAAUACGAAUAUACCAUUAAAACAGCAAGGAGAAAAGAAACCUGCUUCACAGCCUCAUGCAUCGAGGGCUGUUCUUGAAGAGAAUAUAGUACUAGGUGUUGCAUUGGAGGGAUCAAAGAGGACACUUCCCAUUGAUGAGGAGAUUGACAAUGUGACAUCUCGAGAGGCCAAGGAAAUGGCUGCAUUCCAGGGUGGAAAUGGAUCUCCAAAGGCUCCAGAUGGAAAUGACUACUUGUAA